AUGACCCAUAUAAUCGGCGCUAAUGACACAGAUAAUUAUCGGGUGUGUCUACCCCUUGAUCUCAAUGGCGACACUUGUCCCUUGGAUGUCACCAAGGACUUGCAGAAGGAUGGCCACUGGUACCGAGUCGUAAACCAGUUCACCCAUGUUCUCGGGGACGUCACCUUCGGGAAUAGGGUUGUAAAAGGCGAUUGCCGUUACACCGUCAGGAAUGUGUACGAAGACACCAACGAAACCGGUCGGAAAGUUGUGAAGGUACGGACCCUGCACACCGACAACACGAUAGAGCUAGAGGAGUACGUCGAGACGGAACCCGGUUCGACGACGUAUGUGGAGCUCAAGAGAAUACCAAUUGACCUCGACAUGAACGCCGUGGAGUUUCCGAAUCAUGUCUACCCACUCUACAACCCAAGCACGCGAUCUACGGACAUCGACAUUCACCCAACAUACCGCAACACCUACAGAAUCGGAAAGGUCACUAUCGCGCAACAGGUGGUGCCUGAUACGCCAUGCAUCGGCAGAUCAGUCACGCUAUGGGGGCGUAGGGACGGUAGGCGCAUCGCAGACGUUGCCACCGUCCAUUUCGACGAGGUCAUCACCAACGACACUUUCAUCGAGCAGUCUGCUGGACACGCAAAUUUCGUCCCUUAUGAUCCUAAUAACGGUACUGAAGAUAUUCGUAUAGGUUUGAUAGAGGAUGACCUUGACUUCGAUAUGUUUAUAUAA